CUAUAAAACCCAUACUCACUCCUCAGAAACAAUUUAUCGCCUUCCUCCACUUCUCAUAAUUUCGCAAGAAAAAAAGUAAAGAGAGAAUUCUAAACGAGAGGGUAGGAAGGUCAUUCAAGAUGCAGAUCUUUGUGAAAACUCUUACUGGGAAAACCAUCACCCUUGAAGUUGAAUCAAGCGAUACUAUUGACAAUGUCAAAACUAAGAUUCAAGACAAGGAAGGCAUUCCACCAGACCAGCAGAGGCUGAUCUUUGCUGGAAAGCAGCUUGAAGAUGGCCGCACUCUUGCUGACUACAACAUUCAAAAGGAGUCUACCCUUCAUCUGGUCCUGAGGCUCCGUGGUGGAAUUAUUGAGCCUUCUCUGAUGGCCCUGGCUAGGAAAUUCAACCAGGACAAGAUGAUUUGCCGCAAGUGCUAUGCUCGCCUGCAUCCUCGUGCUGUUAACUGCAGGAAGAAGAAAUGUGGCCACAGCAACCAGUUGAGGCCAAAGAAGAAGAUCAAGUAGAGCGACCAGUUGUUUGCAGCUAAUGUUUGGACAGCGGUUUCUAUGGUGUUGGUGUUCGGACUAAGCUGUUUAACUAUGGCUCGUAGGGGUUUACUCAAAUUAGUUCUAAAACAUUGGCUCUUUUAGUUCUACUAGUAGUAUUACGAUUUUUAUAUUCUUAAAUAAGGCGUACAUCACCCUUAGUAGUCUUAUUUGUCCAGAUAUUUUUGUUGCCUUUGGUUUUUGAAUAUUUACAUUAGUAAGACAAUAUGCGUUUAUUUAUCCGUUAUUUUAUUAUUGCUCAGUAAUUUUCUUAAUGUCAAUGAAAUAGAAAUGGUUCUAUA